UUGGACAGGCAUGUUGUUGAAUUGUCCAAUGACAAAGGCAACAACAGUUUCCUUGGUUACAAAUGUUGUCAACCGGGAAGCGUCGAGAAGAUGACACAGCGAUGAGCGGGAGAGAUAUCCGAGCUUUCAUAACCAACCACCGAGCUGAUGAUUUAGAAAAGCUGACCCUGCGCUUGAAGGAUGGACUGGGAAGCUCAAAGUAUAAACCUGUUCAAUACGAACAGCUGCAGGCUAUGCUGGAGGCCAAACGAAUUGCAUCACAGCACAUUGAGGAUAAGGUGAGGAAGACUCAGCAGGCGGCCAAGGAGAGCAGAGAGAGCUGCCUACUCUGCCAGCACAGACCGGUGUGGGCCAGAGAGCACCAGCGACUGGCCAGAGCAGAAGAGAAGGCAGAAUUAGAUCUUCAGAGAUUUCUUGAACAUCGGGGAAGACAGGACGACGGAGACGGCGAACCUGACGGGGGCGUGAUUGCCGAGAUGUUGGGUGAAGACCUGCUCUUACAGGCAGACAGAGACUCGUUCCGGUUGGCCACUGUGGAGCCAGUGUGGCAGCUGAAAGAGGACCUCCAGUACCGCCUGGACAGAAUACACGUGACCGCCCCCCACCACAGUGAGUGGGAGCAAAUCCUCCAGCAGGUGCACUUUGUGAGGGAGCAGCAGGAGGCUGUGGAGGAUAAGCUCCAUGCUGAAUUCCUUGCGCUGGAGCAGGACCUGGCUUCUCUUGGCACUGAGGAGGUGCUCAGCAAGGGGCCCGACGCCGCGGCCGAUCUCCAGGAGGUCCCAAAGGAGAUCCUGACUUCCGAGUGUCCCGACCCGGAGCUCAGCGCCUCGCUGAUCCGCGCUUUCGGCGCGCUGUCACAGAAGUACCGGGAGAGACUGCAGAGCGUGGAUCAGAGGCUGGAGGGGUUGGACCGGCACUGUGGCUGGCCACCAGAGGAUCACCUGCGUUUCCAGCUGACCGUGGGCCAGUACUCCCCGGAGCUGAGGAACCACCGGCACCUCUGCAUGGACAUGCUGCAAAGGCUCUACCCCCACAUGUGCAGGCAAGAGCUGAACGAGCACCAGCGGCGCUGGGACUGGUACCGCUUCGCGCUGGCCCAGAAGAGAGCCGUGGUGGAGGGCUGGCGGCGGGAUCGGGCCGAGCUGCUCCUGCGGGCACUGCAGACGCUGGAGGAGGCCCGGCUGCAGCACCGGCAGCAGCGCGCCCUGCAGGACGAUCGCAGACUCCAGCAGCACGUCUGCAGCCAGCUCAGAGCCGAGCUGCAGCAGUGGCGAGCCUAUCAGGAGGAGGUGGCUCAGCUGGAGGCAGCCAUAGCAGAGCGGAGGCGCGAGGAGGAGGAGGAGAGGCUGAGGAGACAGCAGGAGCAGGAGUCGGCCAAGAGGACACGGCAGAAGGAGCAGGUGAAGCAGUUCUACGCGGAGCUGAGCCGGAGGAGGGAGGUGGUGCAGCGGAGGGACGAGGAGAGGCUGCGCGUGCUCAGGAGCGCUAUGGAGGAGCAGGCCAGGAGAGACCGGGAGAGGGUGCAGUUUCGCGGAGAGCUGCUGGAGCAGCGCAGAGAGGACAAGGAGGCGCAGGCUCUGCAGAAACUCAAGGAAGAGGAGGAGAGAGAGGAGCGGCUACAAGCCCUGCGCAACCAGGUGGCUGUAGUGGCUGAUCCUGACCCAGAGAGGAUGAUGGGAGAUACAAAGGCUUCAAAGAGGCGACAGCAACUAGCAGAUGAAGAGUUUGUGCUCCAAAGACCCCUCUACUACCUGAACACUUACACGGAUACACAGAUUGUGUCUGAUCCCAGAGUGAGGAUCGAACAGGCCCUCCGCCAAGCAGGCCUGCACAGCACGCCCUACGCCAAGGAGCUCUUAUCCACAGUCCAGCCCCCGAGACCACCAAGACGGGACACGCAGUCCACAGCCUUCAAAUCCUGACAUUAGUAUCCACCCACACAUAUACGCACAGACGUACACAGACCACCAAAUGCGCCUGCACACACAGACACGCUCAUAAACACACACACACGCACACGCACACACACACACAUGUGCACACAUGUACACAUAAACACACAGAUCAUAAUCUGAAUGUUCUCUGCCGCAACCCCUGUGAUGACCUCAGUUCUGAAACAUCUAGACGGCUGACUUGUUAAUGAUUCACAUAGGCACAGGAACAAAACUAACAACAUGACUAUGAGCAUUUUUCAACCCACAGUCCUAGGGUGGAACUGUCUAGAAAUAAUUGAACAAAAGAU